UUUACCUUUCUUUUCUCCCAUUAUACACCACUCUUGCUCUUGCCCCCACGACCACCAGCACUGUCGUUUGCUCUUUUAGAAUUUCACGAAAUCACCCCUACCACCUCCCUCCUCCACCUAGCGGGGUCCCACAAGCUAUCUCCACCGCCGAUCAUACCAGAUCGACCUUUUUUAUUUAGAAAUUGGAAGAAUGAGUGAAGUAUUUGAAGGAUACGAGCGUCAAUACUGCGAGCUCUCCUCUAAUCUUUCCAGGAAGUGUACCGCAGCUGGUGCUCUUGAUGGAGAGCAAAAGAAGCAAAAGCUUUCUGAAGUUAGAACUGGGCUGGAGGAAGCUGAAUCUUUGAUUCGCAAAAUGGACCUUGAAGCAAGAAGUUUACAACCAAAUGUUAAGGCUGUCCUUCUGGCUAAGUUGAGGGAAUACAAGUCAGAUCUGAACAAUUUGAAAACUGAAGUUAAAAGAAUUGCCUCUGGUAACCUAAAUCCAGCUGCCCGAGAUCAGCUGUUGGAAUCAGGAAUGGCUGAUGCAUUGAUGGCCUCAGCUGAUCAAAGAUCAAGAUUAAUGGUGUCUACAGAAAGAUUAAAUCAGUCCAGUGACAGAAUUAAGGGAAGUAGAAGAACCAUGCUGGAAACUGAAGAGCUUGGUGUUUCAAUUCUUCAGGAUUUGCAUCAACAGCGACAGUCUUUAUUACAUGCCCAUGAUACGCUUCAUGGAGUGGAUGACAACAUUGGCAAGAGCAAGAAAGUAUUGACUUCCAUGACAAGGAGAAUGAACAGGAACAAGUGGAUUAUUGGUGCUGUUGUUGCAGUCCUUGUUGUUGCUAUUGUCUUGAUCUUGUAUUUCAAACUCAAAUAAGCCAGAAAGUUUAUUCUUGUUGCUCCCUGAGUCUUGUAAGAGGACAUGAUUGCCCUUGGUUAUUUGUGUGAGUUUGCCAUUGAGUUCUGAAAUAAACAUUAUUUGCUUUUUAUCUACCACCAAUGUACUUUUCAACCAUUUUUAUCCUGUGGAGUGGAUUUUGGAUAUACCUUAAAUGUAUAUGAUCUUUUUGUGUCUA